AUGCCGCCCUGGGAGGCCACGGGCCCUCUGGGUCCCGUCUCCUGGAUGCCUCCAAGCGAGUGUCCCCCAGUGGGCGGCUGCAAUGAGAAGCGCAUGCUGGCCAUGCUGCCCCACUGCGGCCAGACCUUUGCUGAAAGGAUGAAGAAGGUGGAGGUCUGGAAGUGGUGCAACUUGUCGGAGUUCAUCGUGUACUACGAGAGCUUCACCAACUGCACCGAGGUGGAGACCAACGUGGUGGGCUGCUACUGGCCCAACCCCUUGGCGGAGAGCUUCAUCGCUGGGGUCCACAGGCAGUUCUUCCAGAACUGCUCCGUGGACAGGCCACACUGGCAGGACCCCCCAGACGAAAUUCUCAUCCCGCUCAUCGCAGUGCCCGUCCUGCUGGCCGUCGCCAUGACCGGCGUGGUGGUGUGGCGCAGCAAACGCACCGACCAGGUGGUGUGA